GGGAGGGAGGGAGGGAUUAUUGGGUCGUCCCUAGUGGGCGGAGAAACCUGGGCAACUACAAAUACAGACUGAGCCUGAGAUUAGCAGAUACCAAGGGAUAAACGACUGAAAAAGACAAAACAAAUCCGGAAGGACUAUACGUUGCGUUUUUACAGAAUUCAGACCUAACCAUGAACAAGGACACAGAGAUUGACAUGAAGGAAGUGGAGCUCAAUGUACUGGACCCUGAGAAGCAGCCCAUGACAGGCGACGGCCAGGUUGCAGUCGUAGAGAAAAAUGGCAGCGUCAAGCUGAAGGUUCCUGAAGAGGAGGUUACAUUCACCGGCCUGUCCAAAGAGGAGCUGAUGAAGGUUGCUGGCACUCCAGGAUGGGUGCGAACCCGUUGGGUGCUUCUUGUCCUGUUUUGGCUAGGCUGGGUAGGCAUGCUGGCUGGAGCCAUAGUGAUCAUAGUCCAGGCUCCUCGCUGCAAACCCAUCCCUGAGAUGAACUGGUGGAACGAAGGACCUCUGUACCAGAUCUCUGACCCUGAAGCUUUCUCUGACGGACUGGCAGGUGUUGAGGCGAGGUUGGACGACGUAAACCAGUUGAAGGUGAAAGGUCUGGUUCUCGGCCCUCUUCACACCGUUCAGGCCGACCAGCUGCACACACUAAAUCUUGAAGAGAUCGACCCGAGCCAGGGAACGAAGGAAUCCCUGCUCGCUGUGGUGGAAAAGGCCCACAAGAAGGGCAUUUCUGUGGUGCUUGACCUAACUCCAAACUACUUGGGACAGGCUCCCUGGUUCAGCGCUAGUGAUGCUGAUGGUGUGAUUGAGAAAGUCAAGGCUGCAGCGGAGCACUGGCUGAGUUUAGGUGUUGAUGGCAUCAAGAUAUCUGACCUCACUGUUGCCUCCAGCUCUGCUGAUUGGUCAAUGCUGCAGGAUGCCGUCCAGGGCAACCGCACGGAGGACACCAAGAAGAGGGUGCUGAUGGGUGUGGUUGAAAGUAUUUCGGCUAAAACUGUCUCUCACCUCAUCAAUACCUCUGGCGUAGAUCUCGUCCUGUCUGACCUGCUCAGCAGCAAAAAGGAAGGUGGGGAGCGCAUCAAGGACUUGGACACCCUCAACUCUCAACAGAGAAGUCUGGGCUGGGGCCUCGGUGCCACACAACAGGACCAGCUGUCUAAACAGGCAAUAACUCCGGGCCUGAUCCGUCUCUACCAGCUCCUGCUGUUCACCAUGCCUGGAACCCCAGUGUUUACCUACGGAGAUGAGAUAGGCCUUCACGCAGGACAGGGUUCAGAAUCUCCUAAGAUGGUUUGGGACAUAGAGAAGGAACCUGCUGAAGGAGCUGCUGUCAAUGAGACUGCUGAGGCUGAGCGGAAGGAGCGCAUUACUGUAAGGAAGUGGUUCAAAUCCCUCAGCGAGCUGCGAGGCAAAGAGCGUUCUCUCCUCCACGGCGACUACUACCCUCUCUACUCCUCCGCCUCCUCGCUCUCUUUCCUCCGUCUGUGGGACCAGAGCGAGAGAUACAUAACAACUGUCAACUGGGGAGAGUCACCUGAAACGCUCAAAAUCACACUGGCACCUACAGAGGGCGUGGAGUUGCCAGAGACAGCCAAGGUGCUUCUGUCAACUGACAAAGACACAGAGGCAGAAACCACCGUCAGGCUGGACAAUAUCACACUAGGACCCCGACAAGCGAUCCUGCUGCAGUUCCCCUAUACAGGCUAAAGAUGGCGCCAAACUAUAGGAAAGUUACCUACAAAUUAGCUUUGGUUUACUACAGAUUAGAUAUGGUUUAAAAAGACACUAAAGUCAGUCCUAAUCCUUAUGAAUAAGAUGGCAAAAGAUACAGGAUAUUUCUUUUCACCAUAAUGAAUAUGACUUUCUAUCAGUUUAUUUAGUCAGAACAUAAAUGAAUUUGGUCAAAGAAAAUGCCAUACAAAUACAGAAUGUUGGCCAGUACAAACUCAGUUGAAUUCUUUUGGUUUUUAUAACGUUAACACAUUUUUAUUUGUUUUAUUUUUGUCGUCUUUGGGUGCUAGGAAAAGAUGCAGCCACUGCAGACAUGCACUCAUCAUUUUGUUCUUUUUAUUGUUGACUAGCUGUACAUUGUCCAAAUGUGUAAAAGACAUUCCAUUCUUGUUCUUUGGGCAUUCCUUUAUGGGGUUUUUUAAUUAUAAAUUUUAAGGAAUUCUGUUUUUAGUGACAGUUUUACUUUCUUUCGUGGGCUUUUUUGUUUCUCACUGAAAGACAUUCAUCACACAGGAAAAACAAAUUAACUUUGAACAUGUGGUAACAAGUAUUUCAAGAGUGCUAGUAAACAAUUAUUGUGAAUGGCAUCAACUCUGUCAAGUGAACUGAAUUGGAAAUUAAUAAAUAGAAAGUUCUGUACCGA